UCUCUCGACGACGCGAACUACAACAUACACACAAACCUAGCUGGAGCUCAAUCAUCGUCAUCACCUUCUACGACUUCACUCACUAUACACGAUGGAGCCUCGAGCUCGCGCCGGCAAGAAUGUCGGCAAGGAAACUUUCAACCGUAGAGAAAUCUCCUCCCUCCUCUACGCCUGGGGCGACGUCGAAGAGCCGAUGCCCGACACCGUGCGCGUGCUCGACGAGAUCGUGACCGAGUUUCUCGAAGGGGUGUGCUUCGAGGCGAGCCGGCACGCGCAGGUAGCCGGGCGGCAGAAGCUCAAGUUCGACGACUUCGAGUUCGCCCUCCGCCGCAACACCCAGUAUCUCGGCCGCGUUCGCACUAUGAUUGAGAAGCGCCAGAAGAUCAAGGAGAUGCGCCGCACCUUCGACCAGGAAGACGACGCCCUCGCCGCCCAGCACGGCAAGGAGGCCGCCGCCGCCGCUGCCGAGGCUGCCGCCAACACUAAGAAGGAGGAGGAGGAGGACUUGCUGCAGGGCUUGGAUGACGAGGAUGAGGAUCUGAGUGUGCUGAACAUGGCGACGUCGUCGAAGGGCACGGGAAGCAAGAAGAGGAAGAGAACUCCGAAAUGAGUGUCGCGGACUAGAUCACCAACAAAAUAAGGCAAGCAGGCACACACACACACACACACAAGCAAACAAGCCGGCAAGCCGUCUGUCCGUCCAUAUGUCCGCCUACCUAUCUGUCACCGAGACGCAUCUCCUCCACUACAUCGCACAAAGGAGUCGACAAAAUACGACCGACAGAAUCAGAAUCUGCAUUUUACACACACACACACAAGCAUAGCAACGGAGUUUGGCUUUUUCCUCUUCUAUUUUUCGGUCUGGGAGGGAAUUGGGGUCGGGGUCGGGGUGGGAAGCACAAUACCAGGUUGCAAGUUUGCAGUUUACACCAACAAUCACGAUACAAUACAAAACUAUUAUAAUUUGCCCCUUUGCCAAAAAGGGAAAAUAAAAGGAA